AGAAAUAAUUCAGAAAUUUCAAGAUUAGUUUAAUUGUGUCAGGUAAGUCGUCGAAAGACCCUGACAACCCUAAACUUUUUGUCUAUAAAUAGAGCUCACAAACACAUCAGUUUAGACACCAGAAAGAAAAAAAAAAAUCAAGGAUUUAGGUUUAGCUUUUCAGUUGAGAAUGGCAGAAGGGGUGGUUUUGCUGGAUUUCUGGCCAAGUCCAUUUGGGAUGAGAGUGAGGAUUGCUUUAGCUGAGAAAGGGAUAAAAUAUGAGUACAAGGAAGAGGAUUUGAGGAACAAGAGUGCUUUGCUUCUUCAGAUGAACCCUGUUCACAAGAAAAUUCCAGUUCUUAUCCACAAUGGUAAACCUGUUUGUGAGUCGCUCAUCCAGGUUCAAUAUAUUGAUGAGGUUUGGCAUCAUACAUCUCCUUUGCUCCCCUCUCAUUCUUACCAAAGAGCUAUUGCUAGAUUCUGGGCUGAUUUUGUUGACAAAAAGAUAUAUGAGCUAGGGAGGAAAAUAUGGACAAGUAAGGGAGAAGAACAGGAAACAGCAAAGAAAGAGUUCAUCGAGAGCUUGAAGCUGUUAGAAGGAGAGCUUGGAGACAAGCCAUACUUUGGUGGAGAAAAUCUUGGCUAUGUAGAUGUGGUCCUCGUCCCAUUUUAUAGCUGGUUUUAUGCCUAUGAGAAGUGUGGCAACUUCAGCAUUGAGGCAGAGUGCCCCAAGCUGAUUGCAUGGGCUAAAAGGUGCCUGGAAAAGGAGAGUGUAUCCAAGUCUCUUCCUGAUCAAGAAAAAGUCUAUGACUUUGUUUUGCAGUUGAAGAAACUCUUGGGAAUUGAGUAAAUUAUGGUGGGGCUACACCAGCAGCAAGACUGUAUCUUCUUUUGUGUUUUAAUUUCAAUGUUUUUUUAUGUUUUGAAAUAAAUGGUCACUUAGUUGUGCCUGGUUGUCUUGUAUUGUUGGGGUGAAUGGUUUUUCCUUUUUUGUAAGAUGGUUAAAGCACUUAGCUGUGCUUGGGAGUUGUUGGGGUGACUGGUUUUUCCUUUUCUGUAAGAAGGUUUGAAGCACUUAGCUGUGCUUGGGAUUGUGAUAUGAAAUAUAGUCUCUAUUUAUUAUCCAAUGUUAUUCCAGUUUGCACGCA